AUGCAGCUCCACGCCUGUCUGUUGCUUUUUAUUAUCACAACAGAUAAAACAUUGGCCUCGUUGCACCAACACUGUGGGGGAAAUGUCCGCGUGGACAAAGAGCCUGCUGGUCACAUCAACCUCACAUUACCUGGACUUAUUACUGACACCAACCAGUCUGAAAAAACCCUACCACCUUCAAACUGCACUUGGACGAUAAAUGUUCCUCUGGUCCAGGAAAAUGGGAGGAAUUCCUCGGAGGACAACACCAGCCCACAUUCAGACCUUUUGAGUUGGUCUGAGUCAGGAACCAGCUUCACAAGCACAGCUCCGAUUGGUCAAGAUGUGGUGAGCGGAACAGAAGGGGGCAGAGGUCGUCUCUACGAAGGUCUGGAGCAGAGUUAUGGGCCUCAGUCUGCGUCUAGUCCCUCCUCUCAGGACCAGGGGCUGCUGCGCCCCACCUCACCCCUGCAGGGACUCACUGUGGCUGGGAGAGGCGAUAGGGAAACGCUCCCUCUUCCUGAGGAAGAACCGAACAAUGGAGCGGAUACAUCUGGAGCCGCUCACCUCGCUGAUGGCAAAAUGUCUGCCAGAGACAGCACAACUACACAAACUCCCACAACUCAAGCUCCAUCCUGGACAGCACCAUAUGACAGCAAGGAAAACCAUGUGGUAUUCACACCUUCUGUUUUAACCUCCGUGCCCAAUUUAAGCUCCACAACCAGUCGGACACCCAAGUUCUACAUUGUGCCGGACCAACCUGCAGCCAUCAAAGUCGAGUCGAUUGAGCUGCUGCUUCAGAUCCUUGUAGAAGAUUCCAGAUCGGCUUUUACUUCUGGUUUGGAGGAAGACACAGCUGCCUGGGUGGAUCCAUACCUACGGAAAGUCCCGGGGUUCAGCAGGCUGCUGGGAGUCUGGAGUAGUGGCCAUGCAGUGCAGAGUGUGGUGGAGUUUGAAACCAGCGGAGCUCUGCAGUGGCUCGGCAUGACAGGACCCUCAUCACUGUUGGAACGAACAGGACUAUCUGAAGCUCUCAGCGAGGGGAGGACCUUCAGAUCAUCCAAGAUUACCAACAUCACACUGGGAGGUCUGCAGGGUGAUGUGUGUGACUGGUUACUACAAUGUCCAGCAGGCUACAAGUGUGUGAUUCAGCCUGGCACCUCAAACUAUAGCUGUUCUUCAGUCUGCCACUUCGACUACUGCCACCACCACGGAAUCUGUACUCACCACCCGGGACAACUUCCAGUUUGCCGCUGCCUCGUAGGAGUGGACUUUUGGUACAUGGGUCAGAGGUGUGAUCUGAGGAUGACUCGAGCACGUCUCGUGGGCGUAUGUCUUGCCAUCUUAUUCGUCAUGGUAACGAUGAUUGGUAUUCUGGCUCUCGUUGCAGUGCGGCGCUACAGAGCCAUUCUGAUCCAGGCCAAAGUGGAUCAGACUCGGAGCAGCUAUCGCAGGUUCAACCAUUUUGACGAGCUGUCAGGGCGGUUCUGGUUGCGCUCUUGGGCCGGAUCAGCUGACUCACUGGAUAAUCCCGCUUUCACACGCUCCAAUGAGCUGCUGCACCUGCGGGCGCUCGACCGCCCCUGCUGUUACCACGACGACACGCUGUCCCUGGCCUCCACCUCUGCCAGCCAUGGGACACGCAUCAAUACAAUCUACCCACACAGCUCUCAGUAUGGUUGGAGAGGAAGUGAGAUGAGCAUGGGGGAUGGGGUGUUGGACUCGGGUAAGGCCAGUGACCUCUCUGUGUGUAGCUGGCCUGUGGAGCCCAUCCAGUGGACUCCAUUCCCACUUCUGCAGCAGCUGGCCUCCCACAGGACGCCCGCAGUGAGAGUGUCAAGGCCGCGGUCCUACUGUGAGGGCAUGGAGCUGGUGGACCUGGGGAAGAGCUGGACUGCUUGACAGCAUAAUGAAGAAACAACUCAAAUGUUGACACUUGACACUGGUAUUUUGCAGCUCAUUCUUGCAUAUUAGGUCUUAAAUGUUGUAAAGGUUCUUGUUGUGUUGAGAAAAACGUUCAAAAGAAUAAGUGUAUAUGUGUAUAUAAGUGUAUAUUUCGUCAGAUUGUUACCUGCUAAAUGUUUACUACCAGUUUGAAGCGGCAAGCUGUUUCCUAUAUGCAAACUCUGAUAAGAUGUCUAAUUGUCUAUGGUGCAGAGUCUUAUACAAUGCUUUAAUAAACACAAAUCUUACUCAGGGCAA